AUGGCAUCUCGGGUACAAGCAUUCAUUAACUGUGCUAGUCAGAAGGCCUCCUUUUUUGUUUCGAAGACCGUCUACUGCGGCAAGGUUGCCGGUGAAUUGACCAAGACGGUGUACUUCAAAGAGGGCUUGCAGCCUCCAAACAUAUCUGACUUCGAGAUGGUAUACUGGAGACUACUAAAGCAGUUCAAGAAUGCGGCUGCACACCCACAGCAAACAUUGGCAUCUGUGAAGAGCCUAGGGAAGAAUGACCUGGUGAAGUACGGUGCCGUCGGUGUGCAGAUGCUCGGACUGUACUCGCUAGGCGAGGCGAUCGGUAGAAGACACCUUGUCGGCUACACAAACUACUCCUCGCACCACUAG